CGCGCCCUUCCCGGCGCUACCGAGGGAGCGCGCGCGCAGCCGCCGCUCGCGCCGCCUCCGCCCGCCCGCCCGCCCUGCCCGCCUCGCGCCCGCGGCGGCAGCAGCGCUGACCGGGACCGGCACCGGCACCGGGACGGCCGCCUCCUGUCGCCCGACAUAGGAGAAACUCAUCCCUUUCAAAAUGUCAUCAGUCAAACGCUUGGUUUAUGCAGUCAUUCAUUUCUUGAGAGAGCAGAGUCAGAUGGAUACUUUCACUCCAGAUGAACAAGAAAGCUUGGAAGUUGCAAUUCAGUGUCUGGAGACUGUGUUUAAGAUUAACCUGGAAGAUACCCAUCUUGCACCUCCACAGCAUUUGAUAGAAAUGUUCACCAAUUCUUUUCACAAGAAUGAUAUGCUGCCUCUCUCAGAUUCUUUACCAGAGGAUGUUGAAAAGGCUGACCAACUGAAGGAUGAAGGUAAUAAUCAUAUGAAAGAAGAAAAUUACGGUGCUGCAGUGGAUUGUUACACUAGGGCUAUUGAACUGGAUCCAAACAAUGCAGUCUAUUUCUGCAACAGGGCGGCUGCUCAAAGUAAGCUCAACAACUACAGUGAAGCAAUAAAGGACUGUAAGAGAGCCAUAGCCAUAGAUCCGAAGUACAGCAAAGCAUAUGGGAGAAUGGGGUUGGCUCUGACCUCAGUGAAUAAAUAUGAAGAAGCAGUUACCAGUUACCAAAAAGCACUGGAUCUUGAUCCAGAGAAUGACUCUUAUAAGUCAAAUCUGAAAAUAGCAGAACAGAAACUAAGAGACAUGUCCAGUCCUACUGGAACUGGACUGAGUUUUGACAUGGCAAGCUUGAUAAACAAUCCUGCUUUCAUUAGUAUGGCAGCAAGCUUAAUGCAGAAUCCUCAAGUUCAACAACUGAUGUCUGGGAUGAUGUCAAAUGCCAUUGGUGGCCCUGCUGCAGGUGUUGGUGGCCUGUCGGAUUUGUCCAGCCUGAUCCAUGCGGGACAGCAGUUUGCACAACAGAUACAGCAGCAGAAUCCAGAGCUCAUAGAACAACUGAGAAACCAUGUCCGGAGCAGAUCUUUCAGUGGCAGCACUGAAGAGCAUUCCUGACUUCAGGAGGCAUGUGAAUGGCAUAUAACCCCAAAAUGCAUACCAUAGUUAGUAGCAAAAGCACCAUUGUAACUUGAAUAUUCUGCUUGAAUAGAAGACAGAAAAUUCUUUGUGCGUGUUUGCAAACAAGAACAAAUCUGUUAAACAGAUCUAUUGCACAUAACUUGGAACAUAUCAUUUAUGUAUAGUUACUCCUCUGAAAAUUAAUACAGCAAAUAGGUGGUUUAUUAAAAUCCCAAAGUACAAGUAAUUUUCAGUAUGUGCAUUAGAUUGAUCUCCAGGGCUGUUAAGUGGGGAGGAGUUUUGUAGUGGACUAAUCUUGCACAACAGCUUAAUUUAAAAUCCUAGUGUAAAAGGAAAGUCAUGGUCAAAAUCGUAUGACUGUACUGCCUGUCAAAUACUGAAACACUUGGCCCAGCUGAUGUGCCCUUUCAUAAUGUUAACUUAAGUCCGUGUUGGAGGGAGUAUAUAGUGUGUUCUUAAAACUAAUGCCUGAAAGUCUUAUCUAAGCCUGUGAAGAGGCCAACAUUAGUAACAUGAAAUAUUUUUCAAUUUCUUCGGGCAGAAGGGAUGGAAAUGGUUGCAUAAAAGGGAGUACCACAAAUUGUAGAGAAAGAGAAGACACGAAUCCUGAGCAGGAUAAUACACUAAAACCAAAAUGGAACUUGGCUUGGGAAAGCAAAGAACACUAAGAGAAGUUUUGGGCUUUUCUACUGCCAUGGAUACCCUCAGAUCAUGAUGGUAGCCCUGGAGGUCAGCGUUCUGGCACUGUUUUCCUAGGCAUGGCAAACUGUAUUACAUUCUGUAUGUAUGCAGUAUUUAAUAUAAGCUUAAAAUUCUUAACUAUAAUAAGCUAAAACUGAUCCUGUGACUGUACAAGUAACUAGUACUGAAAAUUUAUCAAAAAACAACUGCCUUAGAAGGAUUUUGUUUGUGUGGAAAAUCACUGGCUUAAACAAUUAAAAUUUGUUUUCUUCACACAUAUCUCUAUAAAGUGAUAGUUAUAUGGCCAUGUUACCACUCUGUAGUGUUUCUGUUCCUACCCUGGCUUUCUUGCUCAGUUGAUCUUACUCUCUCAGAGACCACUGCUUAUCUGUAUUUUUAUGUUAACUUUUUAAAAUUCUGCCUACUGUUCACACUGCUUCCUAGCACAAGGUACACGCUUUUACUCCAGGGAGAUUCUUAACACUCCCUCUUUCCUUUUUGUAUAUCAGAACUAAUUUGAGAAGCCUGCUUUUAUUCCUAAGACAAAGCGAUCUCUGCUGGCCAGUUAGGCUGGAGAAGGUAUGUGGAGGAGUAGCAAUAAACUCCCAAAUGAAGAAAUACACAGGAACUCCUGGACCCCAGAUAUUUAUCAGAUUCAUCUUGUGGUCAAAAAAAAAAAAAGAGCACCUCACAUAGAAGCAAAUGCAAAAUUUGGGGCUAAGUCAUGUCCUUAACUCUGACAGAUGCUAGUGUGCAUCUGUUGAAUGAGUCUUCCCCUGCUAAAAUGGGGAUGAAAUGCAGCUGGUUCCAAGGAGAAAUGAAAAGAACUGGAGAAAACAGAAAAAUAGCAAACCUGUAUUACCAUCUCUUGAAUAAAAAGGUAAAGCUUAAUGAAACAACUUAAGUUUAACACACUUCAUACUUUAUUCAAUAGAGCUUACCUAUACACAGCAUUAAAAAUGCUUUUUAAGAGUCUCUAUAUAAGUUGCUGCAGCUGCCUUUUGAGGCUCUAGAGAUACUUGGAAAUGUAUUUAAUGUAAAGCUUAAGUAACAGGUUCUGGUUAACAUCUCACGACCAAGAAGAAAACCCCUAAUAGGAUCUUUUUUUCAGAGGUAGUUCAGAUCCUGAAUCUAAUUCAGUAAAGAAAACUGUAAGUUCCGUUACAUGUAAUAGGACAGGAUCCCAUUUACCAAAAACAUGGAUGGAGAAUAUAGGUGGGCUACAACUACUGUACAGACAUUGCCUGGAGUAGCGUAUUGUGUCAGGACUGAAGCAUUGCUCCUAGCAUUUCUCCAGUUAAGCUCUGUGGUUCCUCUUAGUUCACACUUUUGUAUUUUCAGCUGCUCAAAAUAAGUUCUACUCACUUUGAUAAGGGGAUCAAAUAAAUCCAGAGUGGGUGGACUGGACAGCACCACAGCAUCUCCCACACUCAAUUUAUCCUUACUUGGUGACAGCAGUCUUUGUACUGUCAGUUAUCUUUCUACUUUUAAGACAGAAAGAGUGUCAAGAACCUCUUGAGAGUUCCUUAGGAACUACAAAAUAUGAUAGUAUUCAAAGAGUGGUGUAGAAGCUAUACUGUGAAGUACAAGCCCUAUAGCUUACUGAAUUUAUGGAAGAACUGUCCCCAAGGAUAAAUCAAGUGAUGCAUCAGUUAGUCGUCUGAAAACUACUCUUGAAGAUCAUCUUUACAGAGUGGUAACUUUCAUUUCACAUACUGCAAUACUGUCAGGUUUAGGUUUUGCUCCAGUAUUGGUAAUAUGUAACCAGAGUAUUUAUUAAAACAUCGAUGGCAUUAGCUAACCCCUUAGGACUGUGCUACAACUGGCACAAUACUUGUAAACAUUCUUUGUUUCUUGUAUAUUCACAGAAGGGGCUUUAUAACCUAAAUAAAAACCAGUGAAACCAAUAAUGGGAGCUGUCAUUUUGUGCUUUUCCAUUUGAAACAGGAACAGUGGGAUCAUUUAUGCUAACGUCUGUUUUGCCUUCAAUAGCCUAGAUUGUUUCACAGAGUCAUGCAAUAUGUCUUAAUCACAGGGGUGAGGAAGGAAUCUUUUCCUGUGUAGUAACUGCACUUUAUUUUGCACUAAAAUUUUUCAUCCUGAUAGAUCAAGUGGUAAACCACACCUCCUGUAAAUACUGCUUUAAGAUCAAUUGCAGUUUAUCAUUCGUAUGUUCUAUCACCAUUUUAAGUGUGAUAACUGUUAGAAAAGAAAAUGUUUUGCACUGAAAUUGUGAACUCCUGUAACCUGCUUGCAUGGAAUUAUAUUCUUCUAAUUAUGCUUGAUCAUAAAGACACCUAAUGAAAUACUCAGCUUAGAAAUUGUUUCAGUUCCACUUUAGCUUUUGUAAAAAGUACAGUCCCUCAUGCAUAUGGAGAAAGAACAAAGUCUGCAGCUUUGGAUUCAACUACAGAAAGUCAUACUGGCAAAAUGCAACUUGUCUACCAUUUCUGUAUCUUUCCUACCUCUUUUUAUCAUACAGUUACAUCUUCAACUUGUGUCAGUUUAACUUGAAAAUAGAUUAUAAAUAAAGUAAUGUACAUUUUUUGUCUGGAUA